AUGGGAACAGGUCUUUCAACUCGUUUCUGGGUUGAUCCAUGGGCUGCUAAUGAACCUCUUAAACUGCUCUAUCCAGGCUUAUUUACUCUAAGUAGAUUUCAGCAGCAGUUUGUGGCAGAUUUAUUUGAUUAUGAGCAACAGGUCUUCCUCUUCUCUUGGAAGCGCCGGCUUCGUCUGGGUGAGCAGACUCAGCUAAGUUCUUUAGCGUCUUUGGUUGAAGCAAAUUUACCUACUUCCAGACCUGACCAAUUUUAUUGGAAUGGUAAGCUUUUCUCUCCUUCUGCUUUUGUUCGAACUGGGCAGCGUCUUAUGCAGAAUCAUAACUGCAACUUUGGUAGAUUUUGGAAGUACAAAAUUCCCCCUUGCAUUAACUUUUUCAUGUGGCUUUUAAAUCGAGAUAGGAUUUCAUCUAAUGCAAUGCUGGUUCGUCGUGGAGUUCUUACGGCUUCUAAUUCUUCUUGUUUGUUUUGUUCGGAAGAGGAGACGAGCAGUCACAUUAUUCUUCACUGUAGAUUUGCUUGGAAUACUUGGAAUUUAAUCCUGAAAUCAUGUAAUCUCCAAUGGGCAGCUCCGGUUUCAGUCCAUAAUUAUUUUGAUAUGUGGAGUUACUUUGGUAGCAAGCGUUAUCGAUCUCUCUGGCAGACUAUAUGGUUCUUUGGUAUCUGGGAGUUGUGGAAAGCGAGAAAUGCUAGAGUUUUCAGGCAUGAAAUAGUGGACAUCAACUCUUUGGUGUAUUCUAUUAUUUGCAAAGCGGUAAUCUUCUACAAGGAUAACAACGCAGGUUUUGAUUAUUCGGCUAAUGAUGUUUUUAGAAAUUUGAAUUUAUUUUGUAACUUCUUGUAG